AUGAAGCCCCCGCGCGGCCGUCUCCUCUGGCUGCUGCUGCUCUCGGCGGCCGGCUCGGGGAUCCUCGUCGUCCUGUACUCGGCGCUGGAGCCGCACCCAAGCCCCGGAGCCCACGCCAGGAACACCACGCUAUCCCAGGGGGUCUUUCAACUCAACACACUGAACGUUGGGACCAGAAAGGGCCAGGCCUGCCCACGCCCGCUUCGCCAGGCCAUCCAGCGGCACCGGCACUUCCGCGGCCUCUUCAACCUCUCAGCCCCUGUCCUGCUGUGGGGGGGGCUCCUGGGCCCGGAGCUCUGGGACAGCCUGAGCCGGCACAAGGCCCCCUACGGCUGGCAGAACCUCUCCCGCCAAGCCAUCACCUCCACCCUGAACCUCCUGAACACCUCGGAGAGCGCAGAGCUGUUUGCUGCCCCUGGGGACCUGCCACGGCCCUGUAUCCGGUGCGCUGUGGUGGGUAACGGAGGUAUCCUGAACGGGUCUCGCCAGGGUCGCAACAUUGAUGCCCACAACUUUGUGUUCAGGCUCAACGGUGCCGUGGUCGAAGGCUUUGAGCACGACGUGGGCGCCAAGACCUCCUUCUACGGCUUCACGGUGAACACCAUGAAGAACUCACUGCGCACCUACUGGCGCCUGGGCUUCACCUCUGUGCCCCAAGGGCAGGACCUGCGCUACAUCUUCAUUCCUUCAGACAUCCGUGACUACCUGAUGCUGAGGUCGGCCAUUCUAGGAGUGCCGGUCCCCGAGGGCCCCGAUAAAGCGGACAGGCCCGACGCCUAUUUCGGACCCCACGCCUCUGCCAGGAAGUUCAAGCUGCUCCACCCGGCUUUCAUCAGCUACGUGACCAAGAGGUUUUUGAAAUCAAAGUUGAUUAACACGAAUUUUGGAGACCUGUAUAUGCCGAGUACCGGGGCCCUCGUGCUGCUGACAGCCCUGCACACCUGUGACCAGGUCAGUGCCUACGGCUUCAUCACGAGCAACUACUGGAAGUACUCUGACCACUAUUUUGACCGGAAGAAGCAGCCACUGGUGUUCUACGUAAACCACGACCUGCCCCUAGAAGCCAGGCUGUGGAGGGACCUGCAUAAGGCCGGCAUCCUCUGGCUGUACCAGCGCUGACCCCGAGCACCGAGCCCGCAGAGCCCCUUGGAACCUCAACUCCCUGGACCCUCUUCCUCCCAAGGGAAGGCACUGAGGUGGACUUGCACCCUGACACCUGCUCAGUGCAGGACACUUGACCUGGUCACCAGCUCAUCCAAGGGAAAAUGGUGAGCUCUCCCUCACCAGCAAGGGGCAGGUGUGUCUCAGGGCAGCAUCAGUGGGUGACCAGGCCUGUGGUUCACUGACACAGCACACCCCCCACCCAGACACCAAGGCGACUCAGCAACUUUGAGGACACCUCUCAAGAACCCGAGAUGGAGACGGACUUCCACCCGACAAAGUGGGCAGAGGCCACGCGUAACUUGAGUAAUAAACGAUGGAUGGUGGUUGUCUGUGUGCUAAGUGCAGGAAGCGCAGGGUGCCCUCGGGCAGCUGGGGGGCGGUGCUGCCCAGACAGGAAGUCCCACUAGACAGCGCCCUGCCAACAGGCGGCCAUUACCCAACCUGGAGUUUCAAUGAACUUGAACUUGGCUGGUAGGCAGUGUCCUCACAGGUCUGUAUUACAAGUGGUUUAGGGGCCCCUCCACCUGCAGGCUGGCACCCAUAUGGCUGCUCCACUUCCGACCCAGCUCUCUGUGGCCUGGGAAGGCAGCACUUGGGCCCCUGCACCCACGUAGGAGACCCGGAAGAAGCUCCUGGCUUCAGAUGGGUACAGUUCCAGCCACACAGCCGUUUGGGGAGUGAACCAGCAGAAGGAAGACCUGUCUCUCCUCAC